AUGAUUGAAAACAUGAGAAUUGAUAAACAUCAUAUACCAUUAUCUGAACGUUUGCUUAUUUAUAGAUUAAUUAUCAGCGUAGUUGAAGAUGAAAUAAGCAGGAAGAAGUAUAAUGGUCUAUUGUGUCGAAUAUACUUCGAAGAAGAAAACAAACAUUCUUAUGCCCAACCUACAUCCGAUAGUCUGAACUGUAUUGGGCAUGUAUUAACAAAAGCUGAUGAUUACGAAGCAGCUAUUUUAUAUUGGAAUGAAAUAGGAGAAUCUAAAGAGCAAAUGUUACCAAUAAAAAUUAUUGAUAUGAUACCUUCAUCAAAAUUACCACUCAUUCAAAUAUAA